GAGCAUGGUGAGGCUGAGUUCUCAAUUGAAUUAUAUAGCUCUACACAAACAAGAGAAAAUUUACAUGAAAAACAAACAUUUCAAUGUCUCAAGAAAAGCUUCUCCUUGCAGGCUUCUUUGCCUUUCUUGCAAUCCACUUCCAUUUAUCCUGUGGCUUUAACUCUGACUAUGAGGUUAAACGCAUACCUUACAACUGUACACAAGCCUCUUCUUCAUGUGGCAAUAUCCUCAACUUCUCAUACCCAUUUCGAUUGAAAGGAGACUCACCAGAUUGUGGUGACCCCAACUAUGAACUCUCCUGCGAGAACAAUCAAACUAUACUCGGUUUCGAUUCUCAAAGAUACUUGGUGAAGGAAAUCAACUACAACAACGCCACAAUCCGGAUUGCCGAUGGUGGCAUCGAGGAUGGUGAUUGCUCCUCCAGACCUAUCAAUUCUUUGAAAUCCCUUUACACAAAGGCAUAUGGACGAUUUGGUGAAUAUUGCCUGUUUCCGCUGUAUGACUUUCCUCCAUUAUACUACGAUCUGUUUUAUGUAAGCUGUGAAAGUCCAGUGAAAUCUAGCACUUAUGUGGAUGCUUCUUCCUGUGUAAUCCAAGCCAAUUCAACCAACAACACAAGAAGAUAUCAUUAUGUUGUGGUUGGUAAUUUUAAGUAUACAGAGUUGAAGGUCUCGUGUGCCAUUAAUUUCUACAGACACAUUGAUUACUACACAUACAUAAGUUUAGAACACAACAAUAACUUAUCUUACAUGGAUAUCCAUAAGAAGCUUGUUUAUGGUACUGAGAUUUCUUGGCAUCAAAUUCCAUGUGCUGUGCCUACUUGUAAAGGAGAAGGUCUAUGUCGUCUAGAGAACAACACCAUUAUCCAAAGCUGCAGAAGCGGAGCAUACUGCCCAUUUAAGUGUGGCUUGCGAUGUGAGCAACUUCAAAAAAAUUUUAAACAUGUGGCUUCCGGAAGCCAUAUACAUCGUCCGCCCGACAUUAGAGCACAAGCAUCAGUUCUUGUAACGAGAACAUUAUUUGGGUUUCUAUGUCUUUCGGCGCUUGUGGUUUCUAGGUGGCGCAAGAAGCAUUUAUCAAUGGAUGACACUCUUGAAGAAUUCCUCCAAAGUCAAAAUAAUUUUAUGCCAAUAAGAUACUCUUACUCACAAAUUAGGAAGAUGAGCGGACAAUUCCAGGACAAAUUGGGGGAAGGAGGCUAUGGCUCUGUCUUCAAAGGAAAACUCAGAAGUGGCAGACUAGUAGCAUUCAAAAUGUUGGACAAAGCAAAAGGUAAUGGACAAGACUUUAUUAAUGAAGUUGCAACCAUUGGGAGGAUUCACCAUGUUAAUGUGGUGAGUCUCAUUGGCUUUUGCUCCGAGGGAACAAAACGUGCUCUUGUAUAUGAUUUCAUGCCCAAUGGCUCUCUUGACAAGUACAUUUUAUCUCGAGAGGGGCAUAUCUCCUUAAGUUGGAAGAAAAUGUACGAAAUUUCUCUCGGGAUUGCACGAGGGAUCGAAUAUCUGCAUCGAGGUUGUGACAUGCAGAUCCUACACUUUGAUAUUAAACCUCACAACAUCCUUCUUGAUGAAAAUUUUGUUCCAAAGAUAUCAGAUUUUGGCCUUGCUAAAUUGUACUCAACAGAUGAUAGCAUUGUCUCUGUCACCGCGGCAAGAGGAACAAUCGGAUACAUAGCCCCAGAGCUCAUCUACAAAAGAAUUGGAGGUGUUUCAUACAAAGCUGAUGUGUAUAGUUUUGGGAUGCUAUUAUUGGAAAUGUUAGGGAAAAGGAAGAAGCCCAACGCAGCAAUUGACAAUAAUUCAAGUCAGAUGUACUUUCCCUUGUGGGUUUACCAUGAAAUGGUUCAAGGCAAGAUUACAGAAGUUGAGCAUGCCACAGAGGAGGAGGAGAAUAUGAUUAAGAAGAUGACGGUAGUAGGAUUAUGGUGCAUACAAAUAAGGCCUUGUGAUCGUCCCUCAAUGAGAAAGGCAAUCCAAAUGCUAGAAGGACAUGUGGAAAAUUUAGAAUUGCCUCCCGAGCCUACUUUUAAUAUAGAACAAGUACCAACAGAGAAUGUUGAAGAAGCUACAAACCCGACAUGGUCAUCCUUGACAUCAGUUGACACUUCAAAAUAUGUCAGAUUGGUUAUAGAUGCAUACUGAGUAAAUGUAAUACCAAGUAUUUGCAAGAUUGAGCCAAGAAAAGGCAUUGGAACUCCAUUAUAAUAAUGUAAUUUGUUUAUGAGUAUGACUGGAAACAUUUUCAGUAUUUAUCUAUCAAAUGCAUUAGUGAAAUUCAUUGGUUGUCACCCA